UGUCUGUCUGUCUCUCUCUCUCUCUCUUUGUCUGUCUCUGUCUCUCUCUUUCUCUGUCUCUCUCUUUCAUUCUCCCCAGGUGUGGUCGUUCAACCUGUGGCUCCUACGACAAGUCCGCAACAUCUGGUCAUCUACUGAGCCGGCUUGUUCUGUGUGCCGGAUAUCCCCGUGCGCCGGAAACGUAACAGCCGUGACGCCAGGGGAAUGAAAGUAUCGUCCACAGAUGGGGCUGUGAGCGGCGGUGUCCUGGCUGGGGUCACCAGUUUCUCGCCACAGUUCAGCCAGUGUCACCCGCGUCCAGUGAGGUGACGCUUGACUCGAGUUGGUGUCUUUCUCGCGGUCGUCGACGCCUCUAUUUGGUGUCGUUCUCGCGGUCCUUGACGCCUCUAUUUGUUGUCGUUCUCGCGGUCGUCGACGCUUCUCUUGGGGUCGUCUGACCGAUGACACGACGACUUCGAAAGGUUCUCAUUACAAGUCCUGAGAAGGCUGGGGUGGAGAAGAUGAAGCUGGUGACGGGAGCUGGAGCCCGACCGCUGGUAGUGGUGUUGGCAGUGAUGGUGACAAUAGUGGAGAUGAAAGAUGCAGCCGCCCGCAUAUACAAUAGUGGUGCAGCAACCUGCUACACGGAGGUUGACCGAGGACUGAGGCUUCACAGUCACAGGGUGGACAAGUAUGUGUCUGUCAGUUCCCUCAAGGACUGCCAGAGGGCCUGCGACCUCGCCUUCUUCUCCUGCAUGUCCUUCUCCUACAGUGACUACCCCACUCGUGAGAGGGAGAACUGCCUUCUCUCCCGCGAAGACUCCAGGACCCUCAGCCUCAGGAAUCAAAGAGAUUUCUACCACGAUAUCGACUUCGUCUUCUACGAGCGAUCGUCCGGACGAAACUGUCUUGGCGCCAACUAUGGCAGCAACUAUGGUGUCAACUACGGCAGUAACUACGGCGCCAACUACGGCAGUAACUAUGGUGCCAACUACUUCGGCUACAAUCGUGGAAGCUGUUACGAGCUGGCCAAGACGCGGGAGAGAAUUGACCGUCGGUUCAUCAUUAGAGGGAAGGUGCUCCGGACCCGGGACAGGAGGGAGUGUGAGACGGAGUGUGACAGAGAGACGCUCUGUCUAGGCUUCAAUUACAGGUUCAAGAGGCAGGGAUACGAACAGUACAGAGACAACUGUGAACUCAGCACCCAGGGCGCCAGCAACUCCCAUGACUUCACCCGGGACGAGGAUUUUGACUUCUACGCCAAGAGCAGGAGCGGCCGCAAUUGCUAUUACAGUGGCGGUGAAAGUGGCGGCAGUGGUGGAAGCUGGGGAGGCGGCAGUGGAGGUUGGGGCGGCGGCGGACUCAGCAGUGGUCUUACUGACAGCAGGAAUGAGUGCUUCCGGUUGGUGGUGACGGAGUCGGCGCUCGAGGGAAGAGUCGUUCGGGACAGCUUCACGGUGGCUGAUAUCCAGGAAUGUGAGCGGGAAUGUGCGCGAUCUAGACGCUACAUGUGCAAGUCCUUCUCCUUUAGGUAUUACCGUGGCUCAAUGAAGAACAAGAACUGUUUCCUGAGUGACCAGGAGCACCGAGACCUCUCCUCCUACAACCUGGUGAAGGAGAGAGAGUCAGACUUCUACGAGCGACGCCUCUACGACAGGGAGUGCGCUGUGGACGAGCUCGAGUAUGAGGACCAGUACCCCCCUGGUGAAGGCAAGGCGGUGGUAACGGGAAUCCGUUGCUACCGCGACCACUGCCGGGAGGACCGAAAAGCCGGGUAUUUCUUCUGUGAAACGGACCACACGGGUGCCUGGGACUACUGCUGCAGACCCCGUGCUCGAUGUGGCUACUCUGAGGACUACCCAAUUCCAUGGUGCUAUGUAGGUCGAGUGGGUCACAAUCAGUGGCGGCCGUGUAACGACAAGGGCAGGGAACGAGACUACCUACACGAAGACCCUCACCCAGAAGCCGACCAAAACCUCACCACACAGAUGCCUAUGACCACUCCCUAUAUCGAAGUCGUUGACCUCAACAACUAAUAGAUAUGUUCAUCUCUACAGCCCUUUCCUGAUAUCAAUUUCGAAGAGGUUUAGUGAUAGCUGGCAAGAUUUCACCUUUGCUCAUAUCACAUGCUUUUGAUUGGCAAAAGUGUCAAAUUAAGCAUUUUGUUUCUGGUUCUUGGUAAAGGUACUAAACAGGUGAUAAAGGGGGGAGUUAUCAGGGGAAAAGCACCAAGCCAUUACGACUAUAUAGCACUGGGAAGGGGUCAGGAUAAGGAUUUGGGAAGGGACGGGGGAAAGGAAUGGUGCCCAACCACUCGGGUCGGGGAUUGAACGCAGACCUAAACAGGUGAUAAGACAUCACCAACGUCUGUUCUCCAGUUACAUUAUGUUUGCAGGUUGGCAGCUUAAUUACUUUAUUUCUUCCUAUCAAUCACUAGAACAAAAUAGUUCCCGUAGCUGGUUUCAACGUUUGGGAAGAAAUUGAAAUCUAAUCGCGAGUCUUGUUUUGGUACGAAUAUGAUCAGAACUGACCCAAGACGUUGUCCGGUGCAGGUAUGGUCCAGCGAGAAUGUCUCACACCGGUAUAAGUCCUUGAGAAUUUGUUUGAAGCAUCAGUAUUGAUCCAAGAGGCUGUUUUCAGACCUUCCCGCCAAACACACACCGAAACUACGACGUUGGUACAGCGUUCGAGCAAGUCUUAACACUUCCUAACCAGUUAUAACAACCAAUAUAGCAAGUUGUAACAACGUUCUAAUACGUCAUAAACACGUUAAGCCAAGAUGUAACAACUUUAUUUCAAGUUGUAACAAGCGGAAAAUAGAGACAGUUUCGGUUUGUGUUUCCAGGGCUUCAGUAUCGACCCAAGAGGCUGUCGAUACUGAAGGUCUGAAGGUCUGAAAAUGUUCUAUUUUUGGAGGCAUUUGUAAGGCAAUUUUUUUUUACCGCAUUUUUAAAAUGUUUUGAUAGGAUUUUUAAGACUGUAUUGAUGGCAUUUUUAAAACUGUUUUUUGAUGGCAUUUUUAAGACACUGAAAACCCCAAAACGAUCGCGGUAUUAAUAGACAUAAGGACAGUAUUUUAUGUUCCUUUCGAAACGAUAAUCUCAGCCCGUUUUCUCAAUUUUCCGCUACGUAAAAAAUACAACUAUUUUGACAAACCAGAAACGUGCGAACCCAAACAACCCCCCUAACCCCGUCGAGACCGAUAUACUGAAUACGCCAAUAUUUCAUAUAUUAAUUUUGACUAAUACAUCACAUUCUAAACCGCUUGGUCAACUCCGUAACAAAAUGCGACGUAUUACGCGAGAGACGACAUGUGCUGGUUGUGUCGGGGUCUGUUAAACGGGUCAACGACAUUCCUGUUAAACAGUAUUGACCCGUUUCUCGCCCGCAUCUUCACGCCAUUUGCCACUCCGUAAUAAAUACGACUGUUUAGCGUUACCAUAUCAACGCACGCACUAACGCAGCCAACUAAACUUGUCGAGGGGCUGAUGGGUUGAAAGCGUUAAUAUUGCUGAGGUUUGAUUUGUGCUAACACGUCCGUUUUUUGACGGAUUGGUCGAUUCCGUAAGAAAAUGGGACGUCUUGGGAGGGAAACCGGUUGUUUGCGCACACCUUCCAGCCUCGGUUCCUCUUACACUGUUGCCAUCGUCGGCAUUAAUUCUCUCUCACAUUGUUGCCAUUCUAGGCGUCAAUCCUCUCUCACUGUUGCCAUCGUCGGCGUUAAUUCUCUCUCACUGUUGCCAUCGUCGGCGUUAAUUCUCUCUCACUGUUGCCAUCGUCGGCGUUAAUUCUCUCGCACUGUUGCCAUUCUAGGCGUUAAUUCUCUCUCAGUGUUGCCAUACUAGGCGUCAAUCCUCUCACACUGGUGCCAUUGUAGGCGUUAAUCCUCUCUUACUGUUGCCAUUCUAGGCGUCAAUCCUCUAUCACUGUUGCCAUUCUAGGCGUCAAUCCUCUAUUACUGUUGCCAUUCUAGGCGUCAAUCCUCUAUUACUGUUGCCAUUCUAGGCGUCAAUCCUCUAUUACUGUUGCCAUUCUAGGCGUCAAUCCUCUAUUACUGUUGCCAUUCUAGGCGUCAAUCCUCUAUUACUGUUGCCAUUCUAGGCGUCAAUCCUCUAUUACUGUUGCCAUUCUAGGCGUCAAUCCUCUAUUACUGUUGCCAUUCUAGGCGUCAAUCCUCUAUUACUGUUGCCAUUCUAGGCGUCAAUCCUCACCUAAACCUCAAAUUCAGACGUACAAAUAUAUGUGUUAAUUAUCUCGUGAAGAACACCAGACGUUUUAAUUAAACAUUUUAUACGUUAAUGUUUCCUCUACAAAAGCUGGACGAGUCUUGUACAACAGCACGAGAUGCAACACGGCUUUUGUAAUUAUAUAUAAUCUCUUUAAUUCUUGACGACGGAAUAGGAACAAUUUAAAUUGGAUAAUCUCUGUAGAUUCUCGGUGAGUAAAUGGAAACCAGGGGCCAGAUUCACGAAGGAGUUACGCCAGCACUUACGAACCUGUACAUCUUUUCUCAAUCUUUGGCGGCUUUGUUUACAAUUAUUAAAGAGUUAAUGAGCUCCGAAGCAC